GUAAUGCCGGCGGACCUCAACACAGUCGUCCGAGCAAGGCUAAUCUCCAGUUCCUAUCCCACUCGUUCGAGAAUCCGGUUUGGCGAAGAACGCAACACCAUCAAUGACGAUGGCGGAGUGUCAAUGACAGCUUGGCCGCUGUUUGUGUUACCAUAGUGACCGGUUUCCCUAGAGAUGGGCUCGGACGACCGGGAUGAUUCUAUAACUUUUAUGUAAAUACCAAACAGCAAUGAUGGAGUUUCCAGUCCUUGGAUUGCUGUCGGAUUCAUGGAUCGUACGUGAAGUGUCUGUCCUUGGUUAGCGACAGCACGACCAGAAGGAUACGGUGAUUGCCGAAAACAGUUCUUGUGGAAUAUGCACCGCUGUCGAUCAAUGGCCACACUAAGAUGAGAUGACCAAGGAGAAUACGCGACGCUGGUCACGUGGGUAGACCAUGCAGGGCCGGACCUUCUCCCUGUCCUUCUCCGUAGCCAGAUCAGCUACACCCCCGGGAGAACCAGUCCCGGUCAGUCAUACCUGGUCCCCUCCCGAACGGCUGAGACGAUCCUUCACCUGAAUACCAACACGGUCAUGUGACAGCUAUUAAUAGUCCCCCACCCGCAAUGCAUUGUUUGCGUCGAGCGAAUGAAAAUCGUUAAGAGUUUCACAGGCGUCUUGGGCCGGGUGGAGAGCUGUUGGAAUGCUCCGUGGCUGGUCGAUGAAAACUGUAGGAUACUGUGCCUGGGUGUCUGUCUCCUUAGCAUCUGGAUCUUUACCUGAAACUAUUCAUCACCUGUGUGCGGUGUACUAAUGAAUUGGGGAGAAGACGUUCCGCCGCGACCAAUGACAACCGCAGGGAUUAAGCCUCGCAUGUGCAACUGAACACCCGCCGCGUUCGUUUGAUUGGAUUUACCUGUGCGUUAUCGUGGAGUUGUGGUUCAGUCGGAGACCAGGUAGGUUGGUCCUGUACAGAACGCUAUGCGGUUCUAUCUGAAAAAGAUUAUUCAGUGGUCGCUAGGGGUAUGUGUUGCCAUUGUGCUGGUACUGAAUCUGUACAAGAGAGACGUGUGGGUAUAUGACACGGACGACCAGCCUCUACCCUGGGGACCGGAUUUCAAGAGGGACGGGAACCAUAGACAGCUGACCUUUGACGGGCCGAAAAUUCAUGAUCAUUUUUUCAGCGAAAAAUUGAAAAGGAAUAUCACAAAAUCAUUGCACGUGCAGCAUGUACAGCAGCCAACACCAAUGCCCGUGUAUUACAACAUCAACAACGACGACCAAGACCGUAUCACCAACCAGUUAAAAUUUAUACCAAAGCCUGUUCGAGAUGCGAAAAAACGAGGAGAAGACGUUCCCCUAAAAACAAUCCUUUUGUAUCACGGAUUUGGGGGCUGGCAGGUUAAGGGCCAGGGAACGUUCACUGAGCAGAAAUGUGCUGUUCAGAGCUGUGAACUUGUUGACAACAAGCAGGAUGGCCACAAAGCUGAUGCAGUACUUUUUCAUCAUAAUCCAGCUCGGCCCUGGUUUGACCGCCCACAGAAACAAAUCUGGAUCCUCUUUCUGCUCGAGUCGCCCUACCACACGGCGGGGUUAGCAGCGUUCCGCGACGUCUUUAACUGGACAGCGACGUAUCGACACGACUCCACAAUAGUAGCUCCGUAUGAAAAAUUUGUGCCAUACAACUCGAGUGUUUUAUCUCAAAAACAAGACAAAAAUUAUGCUGCGGGGAAAAGUAAAAUGGUUGCUUGGUUUGUUUCAAACUGUGGCGCCAGGAACGGCCGUCGAAAUUACGCCGACGAGCUUGCAAAACACGUUCAGGUGGAUAUAUACGGUGCGUGUGGCAAGUUUAAGUGUCCUCGGUACCAAAGCAGUAAGUGCUUUGACAUGCUCAACAAAGACUACAAGUUCUAUCUCGCCUUUGAAAAUUCCAAUUGCAGAGACUAUAUUACGGAGAAAUUCUUCGUGAACGGACUGCAACAUGACGUCAUUCCUAUCGUGAUGGGAGGAUCUCCGUCGGACUACAGACGCUCUGCUCCUCCUCAUUCCUUCAUCCACGUGGACGACUUCGAGAGCCCCAGUGCUUUAGCUGAGUAUUUGAAGAAGCUAGACCAAGACGAAGACUUGUAUAAUGAGUAUUUUCAAUGGAAAGGGACGGGAUCGUUCAUUAAUACAUUCUUCUGGUGCAGGAUUUGCAGUCUGCUGCACGACGUUGAUUCUAGGCCGCCAUCUUGGUUUUCUGACGUUGAAAAAUGGUGGCGUGGACCAAAUGUUUGUAUAGGGAAGGAAUCAUGGCGGAAUCAAUCGAUGGACCUCAGCUGAGUGGCAUCGAGAUGUUGAGACCAAUACUAUCGUCUGUGAUCUUCUGUGAUGCAAGAGUUAUCUACCGUAACGGGGAUUCCCCGUCGACCGGCAAAUCCAGUCUUUUGCUGCCUUCGGACAAUCUGCGUUCUAAGAUGCAAUAUUUUUAUAAUUAUUUUCUAAAUCUAAAUUACCAACAUUAGGAGAAGAUGUGUUUAUAUUCGUAUGUGUCGCAUUUGGGUUAAAUGUGCAUAUGCAUGGGCAGAAAUCUCCUUAGAAACAGGUUCAAGUUUGGUCGGAAGGUUCCGAUUGUUGUGGGAAUUUGUGAACAUAGUCAUUGGUGUGGUGUGUGGGGAUGUCUAUUUUUAGUUAAAGUCACACGCUCAAAUCGAUUUUGUGAUGAGUUCU